CAUCAACAUUCAACAACAAUAAUAUAACUUUUCUCUCAUAAAUCUUUUUGUUCUUCCACUGCUCUGUGCCACCAUUUGUUUGCUUCCAAUCAUGGACAUUUCCCACAAGAAGAGAACCUUGCUUAAGGUCAUACUCCUUGGUGAUAGUGGGGUUGGGAAGACUUCUUUGAUGAACCAGUACGUUUAUAGAAAAUUCAGCCAGCAUUAUAAAGCCACAAUUGGUGCUGAUUUUGUCACAAAGGAGCUACAAGUAGAUGAUAAACUCGUCACUUUACAGAUUUGGGAUACAGCAGGACAAGAAAGGUUCAAUAGUUUAGGUGCUGCAUUUUAUAGAGGUGCAGAUUGUUGUGUUUUGGUGUAUGAUGUAAAUGCACACAAGACAUUUGACACACUAAACAAUUGGCAUGAUGAGUUCAUUAAGCAGGCAGAUUUGAAUGAUCAUGAAGCAUUUCCCUUUGUGUUACUUGGGAACAAGGUUGAUGUAGAUGGUGGGAACAGUAGAAAGGUGACUGAGAAGAAAGCUAGGGAAUGGUGUGCUUCUAGAGGGAACCUACCAUACUUUGAAACCUCUGCCAAAGAAGGAUACAAUGUUGAAGAGGCAUUUUUAAACGUAGCAAAAAUUGCAUCAGAAAACGAGCACACACAAGACAUUUAUUUUCCCGGAAUAUCUGAAACUGUUUCGGAAGCAGAACAAAGAGGUGGCUGUGCAUGCUGAUUUUUUUUUCUUUUUUUUUUUUGGGAUUUAGAGGAUGAAUGUAUUUUGAUGAACCUUAUAUUACUUUGUCCUUCUGUUGUGAAGUAUGAUGUAGCAUUUUAGCUUAUUUAUUUAUUUAUUAUUUGUUCUUUUAAUUUAGCAUGGUAGGGAUCAGAUUUAAAUGCAAAAACGCAAAUUGAGCAGUU